UAAGAGGGGUCGCAACGCGUGACCCUCAUCAGUAGGAACAAACGUGUUAAAGGUCUGUUUUCACACACAAAUGCACUGAAAUCCCUAUAAAAUGGGCUCAGUGGUGCCACCACAGUCGGAUCCUUUAGAUCCCAGUGAUCCCCAGGAUCCAGACUAUAGGCUGGUUCCUCAUCGGAACUUCAAUCUGAUCAAUGGGAUCCAUUCUCCUGACGAGGUUGACCAAAUACAAAACUGGGAGAUCCAAGAAUCUGACAUAUUCGUUGUCACCUACCCAAAGUCAGGUACAAUCUGGAUGCAGCAGAUUUUGACUAUGAUUGAAGCCAAGGGUGACGUCUCUCGAACCACAGAACAUCCCAAUGCACACCGUGUCCCAUGGAUCGAGCUGAUUGGUAGUGAGAAACUGUUUAAUGCUGCCCCAUCUCCCAGGCUACGGGUCACCCACUUGCAGUACAAGUUCAUGCCACUUGCCAUCAAACAAAAGAUGGGAAAGGUGAUAUAUGUCGCCAGAAACCCUAAGGAUGUUCUCGUGUCCUAUUACCACUUCCACAAAUACGCCACGAUGCUGGAAACACCGAAGGACUUCAAUGAUUUCUUUGAGAAAUUCAUGGAUGGGAAAGUUUAUGGGAACUGUUGGUUUGAGCACAUCAAGACAUGGUAUGCUAAAAGAGAUUACAUGAACUUUCUUUACAUCACAUAUGAAGAGAUGAUCCAGGACCUUCACUGCAUGGUAGAGAGAAUUUGCAGCUUUCUAGGGAAGGAUUUGACAGAAGAACAGAUAGACAGCGUGGUGGAACAUAGCUCCUUCAAAAGCAUGAAACAGAACCCACAGGCAAACUACAAGACCGUCCCUGACUCUCUGCUUGAUCAAAAGAAGGGCACAUUUAUGAGAAAAGGGACCAUUGGUGACUGGAAGAACCAUUUCACUGUUGCUCAGAGUGAAAAAUUUGACCGGGUCUUCCAGGAGAAGAUGAGGGACUUGCCUCUCAACUUUGUGUGGGACAUCAAUACUUCGACCUGA